AGACAAAGCCCUGAAGGGAGAGAGAACCACUGACCGAGAGACUAGGCUGCCUGGUGCCCAGCAGCAUUUCACCUGCCGAGAGCGGGUACCUCAGGAGUAGAAUGAAACCAGUGUGUGCCCUGAUCUCCUGCUUACUGCUGCUCUGCCUGGCACUGCCCGAAACUCACACUCGGGUGCUGCAGCCCUCCCUAGACAUUAGAAGUCUGUUCCCUAAAAUGGCUUCUGCAGCCCAGAGAAGGAGCGACCCUGAUAUUGACCCCUCGUGGUACACGGGCCGUGGGAUCCGUCCAGUGGGGCGCUUUGGGAGGAGGGGUACCGCGUGGGAAGAAGCCCAGAAAUCCAUAUACAGAUCCCAGGGACAGACAUGUGUCCCCAUACAAGAAAGCAAUGAACUCAUUGAAGAUAACUGAGAGCUAACAGUGUGUGUCACCGCAUCUCCUGUCUGUAUAUAUAUAUCUAUAUGGUGUCUUCAUAAAAAAAGCUGCACAGCUCCUUUAACCUCCUCAAUGCCAGUGAGCCGCAUAAAUGCUGCACAAAGCUGUCAUAUUACCUUCAGAUGGAUUAUUAAUACGAGCAAAAUAUCACACAUUGGCU